UUUCUUUACUCAACUCUCUCUCUCUCUUCCCCAGUUCAAAAAACUCGACUUUCUUUCUCUCUCCCUCUAUACUUUCUAUUUCAAAACCACUCUCUGCGGAAGGUUUUUCUGCAAAAUUGCCGUGCCACCGACACCAUGAAUAGCCGCAACGAUCCCAACCCCUUUGACGAAGAACAAGUCAAUCCAUUUUCGAAUGGCAGUGCUGCUCCUGGAUCAAAGUCACGCAUUCCCCAGAUGGUUGCUCAAACUCUGGGUUUUGGCCAAAAACAUGAUGCAAAUGUUGAUAUACCAUUGGAUACAAUGAAUGAUGGUAAGAAAAAGGAGAAGGAUCUUGCUACUUGGGAAGCAGAUCUGAAAAGGAGGGAACGAGAAAUUAAGCGCAGGGAAGAUGCUGUUGCCAGUGCUGGUGUCCCCGUAGAUGAUAAGAACUGGCCUCCAUUUUUUCCAAUCAUUCAUCAUGACAUAGCCAAUGAAAUCCCUGUACAUGUUCAGAGGUUGCAGUAUUCGGCUUUUGCAAGUUGGUUAGGUAUAGUUCUUUGCCUUGUAUUUAAUGUUGUUGCUGUGACAGUAUGUUGGAUAAGAGGUGGAGGUGUAAAAAUCUUUUUCCUGGCAACGAUCUAUGCUCUACUCGGAUGCCCCUUAUCAUAUGUUCUAUGGUAUAGGCCACUUUAUCGUGCAAUGAGGACGGACAGUGCACUAAAGUUUGGCUGGUUUUUCAUGUUCUACAUGCUUCACAUUAUUUUUUGCAUAUUUGCGGCUAUUGCUCCUCCUAUCGUCUUCCACGGGCAGUCAUUGACGGGAAUUCUUGCUGCAAUUAAUGCCUUCUCUGACCAUAUUUUGGUGGGGAUUUUCUACUUGGUCGGAUUUGCCCUGUUUUGCUUGGAGUCACUUUUAAGCUUGUGGGUUCUUCAGAAAGUUUACAUGUACUUCCGUGGUAACAAGUGAUGCGUGAACCUGGGUAGUGUUCCAUUCAGAUGUUUGGUGUUACCAUUUGUUGAGCUCUUCAGCAUAUUCCUUCCAUCCUCCAUUGUCAUCCUUUCAUCACUGAGGUAGUUGAUUGCCUUUGAGAGAGUGAUUGACGUGGUAUAUAUAUUGUUCUUUUUUCAUGUUACAUUCGAAGAAUAUUUUUUUGUUCAACCAUUGAAGGACCUUGUGUGUUCUCAUUUGUUAGGUUCGCUUCAUGCUUACUAGUUUUGUUGCUUUCUUUCAACACACCAUUGGUACAAAAUAUUAUUGGCCGCAAUUGAUCACGGCAUUAAUGGAUUCCUUGAUAUAAGAAUUUUGUUACUUUA